AUGGUCCCUCCUCGCUCCGGAUCUGCCAUGGGCAUGCGUAGCCGUGGCCCAGUAGAACUUAACGUUAACCUCGCCAAAUCAUACGAGAUCCGCGGUCCUAAGUCACCCAUGCCCAAGUCUCCGCUGAAAGAUGUUACCCACGAAGAUCGCACCAGCCGCGGUUCUUACGAAGAUCGUCUCGACGGUGCUAUCCACGUUCUCCGCACAGAGGCCAACGCCCUCAUGGCCUUGACGCAAUUGUAUUCUGCGGAGCGUGUCUGCCGUGAUGGCUUCUAUCGCUCUGUCGAAGCCCUCACUCGCCACCGCGACCACCGCGGCAAGGUCGUCUUCAUCGGUGUUGGCAAGUCUGGCUGGAUUGCCAAGAAGCUCACCGCUACCUUCAGUAGCUUGGGUCUUCCCGCUGUCUUCCUUCACCCUACGGAGGCGCUGCACGGCGACCUUGGCAUCGUUGGAGAAUACGAUACCCUCAUCAUGAUCACCUUCUCCGGCAAGACUCCCGAACUCAUGCUCUUGCUCCCUCACCUCAACAAGAAGUGCCCUCUGAUUCUCCUUACUUCUCCCACCAGCAUGGAGACAUGCGAGAUCGCCAAACAGCGGCCAGACCUGAUCCUCCUGCCUGCUCCUAUUCCCGAGUCUGAGAAGGAGACAUUUGGGGUGUCUGCUCCCACAACUUCAACAACCAUGGCUAUCGCUGUUGGUGACGCUUUGGCAUACGUCGCAUCCAAGGAAAUGUACCCGUCCGUGUCGUCGGUCUUCGCCAAGAACCACCCCGGCGGCGCCAUUGGCCAGGCUUUUAAGACCAAAUAA